CCGGCCGCUAUGUCGACGGUGUCCACCACACAAGACGAUGCGAGCGAAGACCCGACGACCACGUCGUCCACCACCAACCGCACGGUGGCCGAGAGCGACGGUGGCGUGGAGUCGAACCUGCUCGAGAUGAUGAGCCUGAGCCUGCACGAGCUCCAGCAGCUGUCGGCGCUCAACGACGAAGGUCCGCGGGCCCCCGUCAACAGCUGCGAGAGUCUGGCGUCUGACAACCCCGUCGGAUCGAACGAGGACGCCCCCUCGCGGCGAUCCAGCCUCGGUUCUUACGACAGGGCCGGGGAGCGGCCGAAGCCAGCGCUGGUCAGAGCUGACCGCACCGUCAACGAGACGAUGUCGGGAGAGGCCAAGGCUCGACGCUCGUCGUACGGCGCCUCGGCGGCCUCGCUAGUCUGCUUGGCCGUGCUGAUGGUCGUCUUCCUGGCGGCCAUCGCAUACGGGGUCUUCCUCUUCCGCCUGGGACACAUCCCGGCACCGGAGAAGAAGGCGGGCGCACACCGGUCGGCCAACGACACCGGCGCUGGCCGUGGUUGACCGAAGCGCCACUUCGCUGCCAGGCGCUGCUUUAGUAGAAAGUGCUUGACUCGGCUCAUUUUCUUGUGUUUUAUGGUUUUAUUCGCUGCCAAAAACGUGCUGUACGAUUUCUAAUG